AGGAGGGAGAGCGGAUAUCGCGAGACUUCACGCCAGCUUAUUGUAGCUGCCGCCUAUUCAAAAACACCAACUUCUUCUAUCGAGCUAAAGUUGUUUGAAGUCUCCGUGAUCGUCCCCUAGUAGUUUUCGCUCUGUUACUGCACUGAGUCCGUGAAGGAAGGGAUGAAGCUAGGACGUGGUGGUUUUGCCAGAAGCGAAGAUGGCGUCGUUUCGCCCUGAAGCCCGACCGCUUCAGCUCGACCGGAAGUGAGGCCGCCGCGACUAAGCAUGGCUGCCGGCACAGGGGGGCUCCCCGCGAGCCAGCGGCCUCCUCCCUCGGCCGCGGUGUGGUUUGGCAGCCCCUGUGAUAAAGUGACAUGUCCAUAUGAUGCUAACCAUCAAAUGCCUAAAUCGUCCCUGGAAAAACAUAUUGUGUCCUGUAGGCUGAGGAAACUAGAGUACUCCAAAGAUGAGGAGGCUGAAAUGUAUGACUCUACCUUUUUCUAUGAGAAGACAAAAAUACCUACUGUUCUAAUGGACAAGAAUUUACAGUUCAGUAUUAUUAAGCAAGCAACUGCUAAAGAAAGUGAAAGUUAUUGUCCAGGUGUUUAUUCGUCUAUGCCUACUGAAGUCCCACAAAACCACAAGCGUUACAUCUGUGAUCUGACCCAAGCUGACCGCCUUGCUAUCUAUGAUUACAUCCUUGUGGAAACAAAGAAACAGAGGUCAAGAUCCCAGCUGACUGAAAACGACAGUGAUCUCUUCGUAGACUUGGCAGCAAAAGUCAACCAAGAUGAUGGUCAAAAAGGCCCAAAGUCCCAUCUUGAAAUUCUUGCAGAGAUGAGGGAUUAUAAAAGACGGCGGCAGUCCUACAGAGCUAAGAACGUUCACAUAACAAAAAAAUCCUAUACAGAGGUGAUCCGGGAUGUAAUCGGGGUGCACAUGGAAGAACUUACCACUCAUUGGCGGGAGGAGAACAGGAAUGCAGAGGCGCAAGAAGAUGAAAAAUUCUCCUUUUCAGUGAUGUCUUCAGGAAGACGGGAAGAACAGAGGUCUGCAUCAGCUGACUCAAGACAAUCUUGUGGAAGUUCAAAGGAUGCUGAUCAUACUAGACACAGGAAGGAUUCCAGCAGAAGUCCAGGCAAGCAAAAAAGAAGCCGGGAAAGAGACAAGGAUUCCCGAAGGAAAAGAGAUAGAGAUGAAGACAAGCAUCAUAGUCACAAAAGAAGAAAAUAGAAAUACAAGUACGUGGACAAUAUCAGGAUCAGAAGUUGAGCUGUAUCUGCUUCAUUCCAGCAAUAUUACUUUGCAGCUGUGCCAACAAUGACAACCAGGCUGGGCUAUGGCAAUUAUUUUAUCACUUAAUAAAUGUCAUCUAAAACGUC